AUGGAUUGGCAUCUUAUGGAAGCUGUUGCAGACACUACAACAAUGUCGGAGCGGAAAACAACAAGCGCUCAAACGAUCGUUAUCAUAUCAUCGUUAAUACUGCUCAUUGUUGCAUUGGGUCUUCAAGCCGGAGGAGUAAUGUCGCCAAGUUGGCAAGUCGUGGAUAUUCGGGAAUUUCGAUCAACACAUCAUCAUGGACUUUGGCUGGAUUGUGUCCGACCACAACUUCACCUGUUGAAAAAUCAAGACAAAGAUGACCUUCCUUUGCACUGCACAUACAAAUUUGACAUGUCUGCCACAGAGAUUAUUGACGAAAACAUCGAGGACAUUGACCAAAACAGCGCUGCCGGAGAAAGCGAGCAUCACCAGUUUUUCGGAUGGCACAAAUUCACACUCGGGUUUAUGCUCUGCGCAAUCAUCUUGGCAGCAUUUUCUUUGUUAUGCGGUAUCUGUGCACCGUGCAGCUCUGGAUUUGCGGUUCUAUAUGCUAUUCUUGUUGCAUUCACAGCGUUCACUGCCACUUGCGGAGAUGCAAUCUUCUUCUUCGCUGCUCAUCGUGUAGACAGUCGUUUUGUGCAAGGACUUGUGGGAACGUAUGAGCAAAACAUCGGAAUGGCGUUCUACCUCCACGUCGCAGGAACAACCAUCUCUUGUUUGGCUCUGAUUAUGGCAGCUAUCUCCGCGUACUCCCUUCUUCAAAACAACGAAUCCGACCGACAUCUCCCAAUGCGUGAAAUGGCUCCACUUCAUGAACCACGAUUCGCAAGAGUUUGA